AUGGAGGCAUCAAACACGGGAAAGAAGACCAAAGGUCGUCAAAGAAUUGAAAUCAAGAAACUAGAGAAUAAAAACAGUCUUGAAGUCGCCUUCUCCAAGCGAAAGAAAGGGAUUUUCAACAAAGCUAGUGAACUUUCUUUAUUAUGUGGUGCUCAAGUUGCCAUUAUCAUAAUGUCUCCAAAUAAUAGACCUUUUAGUUAUGGUCAUCCUAGUGUUAAAACUCUUCUUGAUCGUUUUUUCUCUGGAAACAAUGAGCCUUCGGAGUUUUCGACCAACAACGAAAUGUUUGACACGAUUAAACAUGAGAUCGACAGGUUACAAGAUCAAUUUGAAGAGGAAGAAAAGAUUGCCAAGGAGAUUAAACAUCGAAACGAAACGAAUGACCACGACUGGUGGGAACAGCAGCGUGUUGAUAAUAUGGGGUUAGAUGAGCUUGGGCAAUUUGUCAAGUCUUUGGAACAACUAAGAAGUAAAGUGGCAGCAAGGGUGAACAAAGAGGAAAAUAAUGAUCUUGCCAUUGUUGCUAAGAGUGAUGGUGCCAAUCAUCUUGAGGCAAGGAUUGUUGACCCAUUAACUGAUCAGAGUGUUGUCAAUGAUGUUGCACCUCUCAAUUUCUUCUUUGAUGAUGGCAACUUCUUUGACAAUAUGAAUAUAGGAGGGUUGAUUUAA